ACCCGAGCCCAAGUAGAUUUCCCCUUCCCAUUCUUUUGGCGCCAACUUGCCUGGUACAUAUCAUAGGGCUUUUCUUUGGAAUUCAAAUUUAGGAUUGGAGAGAUGGUGACAAAGCGCGCUUCAAAGAGAAGACGCAAGAACCACAACCUUCCUACUCAACAAGAGGAGCAAGAGCAACCGCCACAAGUAGGAAUCGACGCCGAUACCAAAAAUUCUGCACAUGAGUCUCCGGUGGUCGUGCUUGCUCACGGCGCCGGAGCGCCUUCCUCUUCCGAUUGGAUGCUUAGAUGGAAAGUUAUGCUGGCCAAGACAUUAAAUGCCGUUGAAGUAGUGACAUUUGACUAUCCCUACAUUGCUGGAGGGAAGCGAAGAGCUCCACCGAAGGCUGAAAAACUGGUUGAUUUUCACUGUGACAUCGUCAGAAAGGCCAUGGCUAUGUAUCCAGGGCAUCCGCUGGUUUUGGCUGGGAAGUCCAUGGGGUCGAGGGUCAGUUGUAUGGUUGCCGGAGAAAAAGAUGUCUCUGCAUCAGCUGUAGUUUGUUUGGGAUACCCAUUAAAGGGCAGGAAUGGUGCAGUGCGGGAUGAUACUCUACUACAACUUAAAGUCCCAGUUAUGUUUGUGCAGGGUAGCAAAGAUGGGCUCUGUCCACUGGAAAAGUUGGAAGCUGUAAGAAAGAAAAUGAAUUCUGCGACUGUGUUGCAUGUCAUCGAAGGGGGUGAUCACUCAUUCAAAAUUUCCAAGAUGCAUCUUCAGUCUACAGGAUCCAAUCAAGAAGAAUCAGAACAGCAAGCCGUUGAGGCUAUUGCAGCAUUUGUAUCACAACAUCUGAAAGAGGGGUGAUGUCUUGGUGCUGAACAGUAUUAGCUUUUGAUACUAUAUUUCGUAAUUAUCUUAGUACAUAUUAUAGAUUAGUCUUCUAUAGCUAGUUUUGGGAUUUUGGACUAAAAAUGAGGUAAAAUAUGAAGGUCUAAUUCUUUCCACCUUUUGCCUCAUUUAUAUUGGCUUAUGUAGCACGUUGUUGUGCAGCACAAAUAUUGUAUAUGGCAAUCUCUAGUGUGACUGAAUAUAUAUAUAAAUUAAGAAGUGGGAUUUGUUCAUUUUCCUACUAUU